AUGAAUCUGAACGACUUGGACAUUCACUUCGAGAUAUUCAAGACUGUUCUUGGUUUUAUUGCAAAGCUAACAGUCCAAAAAGGACAAGCAAUUGUCCAUCGAUAUACUUACCGCUCAACAUCAGACCCACGCAAUGUCAUUGUCGUUGGUGGCUCUUUUGCAGGAGCGCUUCUUGCGCAACGACUUGCUCACACAUUGCCAUCGGGUUAUCGUGUGAUUCUUGUCGAGAUGAACUCUCACUUUAAUUACGCCUUUGCUUUCCCUCGCAAUUCUGUGUUUUCAGGAAGAGAGCAUCAUACGUUCAUCCCGUAUGAUAAUCUUACUAAAGGCGCCCCCGAAGGCAUCUUUCAACAGUAUUGUGAUGAAGUUACGGAUGUAACAGAGUCGCAUGUUACCACAGCAGGUGGUACUUCAUUACCUUAUGAGUACCUCAUCGUUGCCACGGGCGCUGCACAGCCACCACCAGCUCGACUAGUUGCGAGGAACAAGCGAGACGGAAUUGAAGAAUUCAGAGGCUAUCAACAGCGCAUCGCCAAGGCUGAUAGAAUCGUAGUUAUUGGUGGAGGAGCUGUUGGAAUAGAACUAGUCACGGAGAUCAGAGAGAAGUACCCCGGCAAAGAGGUGACGCUCAUUCACUCACGACAACAACUCCUGCCUCGGUUUGGACCUAAGCUCCAUGAACGCGUUAUAGAAACUCUCAAAGACCAGAAUAUUGAGGUUUUGCUGGGCGAAAGACCGUCUUACCCAAGUAACGCUGGACAAAUUGUCCAAGAGACAAGUCUUACUCUUGCCGAUGGAAAAGAAAGGACCUGGGACUUGGUAAUUCCUUGCACCGGACUCCGUCCACGAUCCGAACUGUUGGCACAAUACUCUCCUAAAAGUAUCGCUGCCAAUGGCGAGAUCAUGGUAGGACCAACUCUUCAAGUUGAGAAUCUACCCUCACCCAGAAAGAACAUCUUUGCUCUGGGCGACGUGGCUCAGUCUGGCGGUCCUAAGCAAGCUCGUGCUGGUAUUAUGCAAAGUGAGAUCGUGGUCAACAACCUACUACGACUCAUCAAAGGUCAACCAGCUGAGGCGAAAUAUGUCCCUCAUUUCUUUGAAAACACUUUGAAGUUGACAUUAGGAAAGCGAUUAUCUGUGUUGUGGGCUCAGAAGGGAGACUACGAAUGGAUGAAAGAGUCCACGGCUGAGGAUGAAGAUGUAAAUGUCAAGCAGACAAGAAGACAACUGAAUGCAAAAGCGGAAGAAUGA